AUGAAGGAAGGACGUAAGAAAGACAUUUACAAAGAGUCCUCCGUGCGCCGCGGCCCCAGACUCAGUGUGUCUAUCCAGGAGCACAUGGCCAUCGACGUGUGUCCAGGACCCAUUCGACCAAUCAGAACAAUCUCUGCCUACUUCCCCCGGCUGUCCCCCACCUCACCUGGCCCCUCCCCCAUCUCACCUGGCCAUGCACCAACCUCACCUGGUCCCGCCCCCUUGAGCCCUUCCCCAUUUGUGCUCAGUCCCACCCCCUUUUCCCACAGCCCCGCCCCCCUCAGCCCUUCUCAUUAUCACAUCAGCCCCUCCCCCUCCUGUCUUAGCCCCUCCCCUUUCAUCUACAGCCCCUCCCACAUACCUUUAAGCCCUGCCCAUUCAUGUCUAGACCACUCCCCUUUUACCUACAGCUCCACCCUUAUGCCUCUAAGCCCUGCCCCCUUCUGCCUCAGCCCUGCCCCCUCGUUGAUGCCACCUCGUGGUUGGUCGCUGAACAGCAGCGUGGAGGUGCACAGCUCCGACAGCGACGACAGCACUGCUCUUGGAUCCCUGGAGUUUGAGCUCUUGUACGAGCAGAGCUCCAGUCAACUGCACUGUACUGUUCUCCGAGCUAAGGGUCUGAAGUCCAUGGACUUCAACGGCCUGUCAGAUCCAUACGUCAAACUGCAUCUGCUGCCAGGAGCAUGUAAGGCAAAUAAACUGAAAACGCGGACUAUUCGGAACAGUCUGAACCCGGUUUGGAACGAGAGACUCACGUACACCGGGAUCACAGCAGGAGACCUGCUGCGCAAGACGCUAAGGCUGACAGUCUGUGACGAGGAUAAACUCUCUCAUAACGAGUUUAUCGGAGAAUCUCGAGUCGCUUUGAAGAGACUGAAACCAAACACCUACAAACACUACCACACCGUUCUGGAACACCCUCCUCCUUGGGAGAAGGAGCAGCUGCAGAGUCAGGAGGAGCGAGGUCGUCUGCUACUGUCGCUCCAGGUGGUCUGUGAGCCGCCACCCUCUGACUCCGCCCCAUUAGAACCCGCCUCCUCUGACUCCACCCUCUCCUCCAGGACAGGCCUCUGUGUGGGGGUUCGGCGCUGCGCUCACCUCGCCGCUAUGGACGUCAACGGCUUCUCCGACCCCUACGUUAAAAUAUACCUAAGGCCCGACCUGAACAAGAAAUCCAAACACAAGACUCAAGUCAUCAAGAGGACACUCAACCCAGAGUACAACCAGGAGUUCUUCUAUGACAUCUCUAUGUCCGAGCUGAGCUCUAAGACGCUGGAGGUGACUGUCUGGGACUACGACCUUGGACGCUCCAACGACUUCAUUGGGGGCGUGUGUCUGGGAGCUCAGGCUCAGGGCGACGCUCUCAGGCACUGGAGCGAGUGUCUCAAGAACAUAGGAAGAAGAGUGGAGAAAUGGCACAUACUGACCAACCAGCUGCCAAGGACAAUCAACCAGGAACAAGACUGA